CUCUUCUUCACAUCCAAGAAACAAGAAAAAACUCCAUCUUUAUCUAGUCAUCAAAGUCGAGAGAAAGCGAGGAAAGUUGCUGUAAAAGAUGUCGAGCACUGUCGGGAAAGUCAUUCGUUGCAAAGCUGCUGUGGCAUGGGAAGCAGGAAAGCCACUGGUACUCGAGGAAGUGGAGCUUGCCCCUCCACAGGCGAUGGAGGUUCGUGUGAAGAUCCUCGUCACUGCCCUCUGCCACACAGAUGUUUACUUCUGGGAGGCUAAGGGACAAACCCCUGUGUUUCCCCGCAUAUUCGGUCAUGAAGCAGCUGGCAUUGUGGAAAGCGUUGGUGAGGGCGUGACAGAACUUAAACCUGGUGAUCAUGUGCUUCCCGUGUUCACUGGGGAGUGCAAGGAGUGUCGGCACUGCAAGUCCGAGGAGAGCAACAUGUGUGACCUCCUCAGGAUAAACACGGACAGAGGGGUGAUGCUGAACGAUGGCAAGUCGAGGUUUUCAAUCAAUGGGAAGCCCAUUUAUCAUUUCGUUGGGACUUCGACUUUCAGCGAAUACACUGUGGUUCAUGUUGGUUGCCUGGCUAAGAUCAACCCGGCUGCUCCCCUUGACAAAGUCUGUAUUCUCAGCUGCGGGGUCUCCACUGGUCUUGGGGCGACCCUGAAUGUUGCAAAACCCCCAAAAGGUUCAACCGUUGCGAUAUUUGGGCUAGGAGCUGUUGGCCUUGCCGCUGCUGAAGGCGCCAGAAUUGCUGGGGCUUCAAGAAUUAUUGGGGUUGAUCUAAAUCCGGAAAGGUUCCUCCCAGCCAAGAAAUUUGGAGUUACCGAGUUUGUGAACCCAAAAGAUUAUGAGAAGCCUGUUCAAGAGGUGCUUGCUGAAAUGACCGGUGGAGGAGUCGACCGAAGCGUCGAGUGUACUGGAAGCAUCAGCGCUAUGAUUUCCGCAUUUGAAUGUGUCCACGAUGGAUGGGGCAUGGCCGUGCUCGUUGGCGUGCCAAACAAGGAUGACGCCUUCAAGACCCACCCGAUGAACUUGCUGAAUGAGAAAACGCUCAAGGGCACCUUCUUCGGUAACUACAAACCGCGCACUGACCUCCCUAAUGUCGUCGAGAUGUACAUGAGGAAGGAGCUUGAACUGGAAAAAUUCAUCACUCAUGAGGUGAGUCUAUCAGAAAUCAACAAGGCCUUCGAGUACAUGCUCCGAGGCGAGUCUCUCCGGUGCAUUAUCCGGAUGGAUGCGUAGUGCGCCACUGAUCUGCUGUCGGGUUUCGUAAUGUGGGAGUGCCAAUAAAUUCAGCUUGACAUAUGAGAAAAGAAAUACAGAAUGCGGAAGAACGUUCCUUUUCUUUCCUUUUCUGUUUUAUUUCUCGUGCCUUUCGCCUUGGUUUUCUUCCUCAGUACAUGAUGCAAAUAAUACUGUAAUAGAGUUGCAGAAGUCAUUGAGCUUUCUCUU